AACGCCGGUUCACCGGUCAGUCUUGCACCGACACUCUUACCGGGUUUGUUUGUAUUCGUCGCACCUUCUCUGUAUGUUUUCAGAUGUUUAUUCGAUGAAAUCGGUGAACUGUGUAGUGUUUUUGUAGAGCAGUGAAGGAAAGAAUGUGAAAUCCAUUGAUGAAGUUGAGAACACCAAGGAAAACCUACCAAACCAAGCCUUUUCUGAUUUUGCCACUCCUCGACUCAGACCUGGUCGAUAGAAUCCCGAAAGAAAUGCCAACCAAAAACCCCGGCCUCAACCUAUUCAUCAAAACAUGGCCGCCGAAAAGCAAGCACAAGGACAACGACUGUGAAGAAAACAAACGGCCUCUUACAGCUACCCUGGAAAAACCGACAAUCCUCGACAUCAGACUCAUGGGAAAAAUAGACAUGAGCAAAAUAAGGAAGGAAUUUCUGAACAUAUCGAACCUGUGUCGAAUGCCCAUCAUACUGAAGGGCCCUAAAGUAACGAAACCUCACCGUCCGCUCAGUCUACCGCCCGCCAAGAAAACGAAGAAGAAGCAAUCCGAUCCGGACGACAGCUGGGAAGACGAGGAAAGUUCGAGGAGUUCCAAACUCCCGAAAAAGCGGAUCGCUAGAUUGAAACCGGGGGAGGUGAAAAAAGUUGCUAAAUGCUGUGAUACUAACAAUAACAAAACAUCGAAGGUACCUCGUAGAACGGCUGUGAAAGUUUUGGGGGUUGCAAACGACGCUCAAUCGACCAAACUUCCCGAACCCUGUAAGUCCUGCCGCAGGUCGGAUUUGCCUGAGCGGUUUCACAGUCAUCCUGCUAACCCUCCGAAGACUGUGGCGAAGAUGGGGGAUGCGUCGAAAAGUCAAGUAAAGAGUACAGUCCAGAAACCAAUAGCCAUUAAAUACAAAUCUAAACCCAAAAGCGGCAUCAAACCCUCAGCUCUCCCAAAACGAGAAACACCAACUCAAAAAGUAGUUAACUCAACACUACCUUCUGGGAAUUUGAAAACUUCCGAAUCGAAAAACUCGGAAUCCAAGAUUUCAGCCCUGAAAAGUAUUGACUCUAAGAUAGCCGUUCCAAAAGUUCAGCAGGAACCAAAAACAGCCGAACUGAAACCAUCGGAAUCCAGACUUGCUGCUGUGAAGCAUGUUGAAACUAGGAUUCCUGAAGGCAAAACUGUUUUUCAAAGAAUCCAAGAGCCUUCGACAAGAGUGGGGUCUGCGAAGAGGACCCUCACCUGCUAUUUGUGUGGGCGAGAGUUUGGAAGUGCUUCGUUGCCACUUCAUGAGCCGAAGUGUCUUGAGAAAUGGGAGAGGGAGAAUGCCAGCUUACCAACUCAUCUUCGAAGAAAACCCCCUCCCAAGCCUGAUGCUACCAUAAAUAGAGAAGAAUGGAACAAACUGGCUUGGGAUUCCGCUCAGUCGACCUUGUUGUCUUGCUCGAACUGCGGAAGAACGUUUUAUCCGGACAGACUGGUAGUUCACCAAAGAAGUUGCAAAAUCCCUCAAGUUAAUGUCAAAGUCUCCUCAUCAGAACUUCAACUCCCCAACGGAACUGCUAUGUCCCGCAGCACCCCAUCAACCCCCUCUAAUGUCCGACCACCACCUAUUUUCGAAUGCUACAUUUGCGGGAAAGAAUUUGGAGUCAACUCAAUCAAAAUCCACGAAAAACAAUGCCUGAAAAAAUGGAAUAUCGAAAACGACAGCUUACCUCCGGAUAUGAGAAGCCCCCCACCAUUAAGAAAAGAAAAACAUGUUUCCGAACCUCCAAGAGUUCACCAAAAAUCAGAGUCCGAAAUCGAACGUGAAGAUCGGCCUUCAUCGUCUAGAAAACCGCCUUUGUUUCCCUGUUAUAUUUGCGGAAAACUCUUCACCGUCAACUCGAUUUACAUUCACGAGCCCCAAUGUCUGAAAAUGUGGAAAAUCGAAAAUGAAAAACUGCCUCCUAGUAAGAGACGACCGCAGCCGCUUAAGCCAGACAUCAAAUUCACACCAUCAGGUGGUGUAGACUUCCAAGGAACCUUCAAUCGCAUCUGGGAAAAUCAUCUAGCCGAAUUAGUGCAGUGUCGAAAAUGCGGCAGAAGGUUUUUUCCUGAUAGAAUAGAAACCCACGAGAAGGCAUGUGCAGGAUUACCGAUAAUCUUAAAGAACAAAUGAUCGUGCGGUUAAUUUUUAUGCAUAUUGAAAUAUGUCGAUAGUAAUACAUAAAUACAAAAAAAUAAA